ACAUUAUCUUCGGACUUCAGAUAAACAAAAAGGCCAUUACAAUGAAGAACUUGGCUUCGCUUGCCGCUUCAACCGCAACAUUUCCCACACACCAAUUCCCCUUUCAAAUUCAACACUCUUUCUUUCCGCUUCAAUUCACUUCCCGAACUUCCUUCCUCCGAAAUCUACAUCUAUGCUGCCAAACCAAACAAUGUCGUUCCAACGCAUUUUCCACCAAACAAGACCUUAUCGCACUUCAACAACAACUAGAAGAAGAUGAAGAAGAACAGAGAGCUUCAUUUUCAGAUGAUGAUACAUCUUUCUUAUCCCUCAGCGAGAAACCCGACCGCAAUUUGGGUUUGCUCGAUGAUUAUGAGACUGAAGAACUCGGUUAUGAUUGCGAUCCCAAUCACCGAAGCGGGUAUGUGGCUUUACUUGGAAAACCAAAUGUUGGGAAGAGUACACUCGCGAACCAAAUGGUUGGCCAAAAGUUGUCUAUAGUUACGGAUAAACCUCAAACAACAAGGCAUCGGAUUCUUUGUAUAUGUUCCGGCUCGGAUUAUCAGAUGGUACUUUAUGAUACUCCUGGUGUUUUGCAAGAGCAAAGGCACAAGUUAGACUCAAUGAUGAUGCAAAAUGUUCGCAGCGCUGCAGUUAAUGCUGACUGUGUACUGUUUCUCGUUGAUGCAUGUAAAGCGCCUGAAAAAAUCGAUGAAGUGUUAGAAGAAGGUGUAGGGAACUCCAAAAAUAAACCCCCCACUCUAUUGAUUAUGAACAAGAAGGAUCUUAUCAAACCCGGUGAAGUUGCGAAGAAACUUGAGUGGUAUACAAAAUUUACUGAUGUUGAUGAGGUUAUACCAGUUAGUUCCAAGUACGGUCAAGGGGUUGAAGAUGUCAAGAACUGGAUACUGUCAAAGCUUCCUAAAGGACCAGCUUAUUAUCCAAAGGACAUUAUCAGUGAACAUCCUGAAAGAUUUUUUGUAGCUGAAAUCAUAAGAGAAAAGAUUUUUUUGCAGUAUCGAAAUGAAAUCCCCUAUGUGUGUCAGGUGAAUGUUAAAAGCUAUAAGACCCGACCAAAAGCAAAAGAUUUUAUACAGGUGGAGAUUUUGGUAGAGAGAAACUCCCAGAAGAUUAUCGUUAUUGGAAAAGAAGGAAAAGCUUUAAAACUGCUUGCAACAGCUGCCCGCCUUGACGUUGAAGAUUUUCUGCAGAAGAAAGUUUUUCUUGAGAUUCAAGUAAAGGUUAAAGAAAAUUGGCGACAAGACGAAGGGUUUCUUAAGAACUCUGGUUAUGGUGGUCAAAUAGGUGUUGUAUAAUGUGCACAUGUAAGAAAAUUCGCGAGACAUGUAUCAUAUUAUGUAUGUCCCGUGAUCAAUUUUGUAAAGCAGAUCUUGUUAAAGCGCUACAAACAAUAGUGAAGAUGGUAUUCGAGCACUAAACUGUCUCGAGUAUGGUUCGAUAUCACAUUUUGAUUAAAAUGUUCAAAUGAGUAUAAAUCUUUCCACGUACGGUGAUAGUUAUGGAUUCUUUUGAUAGCUAGACAUUUGUAAAAAUUCUAUUUUGAAUGAAUCAAAAUGAAAUGUUUUAGCCCGUACAGCAUGGUACGAUACAAUUCUAAUGUUAUAUCACACUUUCAUUUAA